AUGUUGUAUUCAUUGAGAUUCAGCCCUAUAAGAUUGAACAUAUUCUCGAUUAUAACUUUUGCUUUGAUCAUCCUAGUUAUUAUUUCCGCCGACGGUUUGUUUUCUAACAAUCUUUCAAUCAACCCUGUUGCUGAUGUAAACAGAAGCAAUCAUCAGGAGUUGCAGACUCACAAAAUAUCAGAACCGUUGAAAUCAACUUCAUCAGAUGAUCAAGUAAGGAUUAAACUCACCGAAACGAUUACUGAAGAAAAAGGAAGAAUCCAAGAAUUGAAAGUGUUUGACUCUACGUAUUUGACACCAAAAUUUGAUUCUAGAAUUGGGAAUUUUUUUGGCAGAUAUCAGUGCAAGGUCCAGUUCUUCAUGACAUGGAUUUCUCCAGCAGAAUCGUUUGGAACAAGGGAAUUUUUCAUUAUCGAGAGCUUGUUCAAAACAAAUCCCACAGGAUGUUUGAUCAUACUCUCGAAUACUAUGGAUUCUAGAUAUGGAUAUAGGAUUUUGAAACCUCUGAUUGAACGUGGCUUUAGAGUUCAAGCAAUCGCGCCCAACUUGAAUUCCUUAUUCAACAACACCCCAUCAGAAAUAUGGUUGAAUGAUAUCAAAAAUGGAAAAAAGGACCCUGGGGAAAUUCCCCUGGCACAGAAUUUAUCCAACCUGAUUAGGCUAGCAGUUCUAUACAAGUAUGGAGGAGUUUACUUGGACACGGAUUUUAUCGUAUUGAAGGAUUUUUCGAGUUUAAGGAAUUCAAUUGGAGCACAAAGUAUUGAUCUCAAUGGAAAUUGGACAAGAUUGAAUAACGCUGUGCUUGUAUUUGAUAAAAAGCAUCCACUUCUGUACAUGUUCAUGGAGGAAUUUGCUUCCACUUUUGAUGGGAAUAGAUGGGGACACAAUGGACCAUAUUUGGUGUCAAGAGUGGUUGAUAGGCUGGAAAAACCACUAGAUUUGGACUUUACUGUUUUUCCUCCAAUGGCUUUUUAUCCGGUGGAUUGGACUCGGGUGGCCAGAUUUUUUACCCGGCCUAAUGACCAGAAUGACAAGAAAUGGGUGGAAGCCAAGCUGCGGCAGCUCAAGAGGGAGGCCUAUGGGGUACAUUUAUGGAAUAGGCAAAGUAAUAGAAUCAAGAUAGAAGAGGGAAGCAUUAUAGAUAGAUUGAUAUCUGAUCAAUGCAUCGUCUGCAGACAUUCGUAUAGUUCUUGA